AACUAAUCCUAUGUAGGGAUAUUCCGAUACUAAUAAAUACUAGUAGGUACUCGAUACUUUUGAUUCGAUACCAAGUAUUUAUUGUAUCGAAUCAAUUUUGCGAUACAUAAUCGGUAUCGAAACAAAAAUACUUGGUAUCGAAUCGAAUCAGCAAACGCAUCAUACAGAACUAAGAGAGCAAAAACGAGGCAAAAACAGUCAGCUAAUCAGGUUACCGAGUUACCGGUAUUCCGUAUUCGUCGCGUGGCGGCGUGAGUGACGCGUUGUCUCGCGCUGGGCUAGCCGAAUUCGUCCGACUUCAGCCGAGCCCGCCCGAGCCGAAAGCGAGAGAAGAAAACACCCGCACCCGCUCGCAAAUCAUCUCGCCAUUCCGCCAUUGUGAAAGUGUUAAGUGAUUGUUUACAAGUAAUUUUAUUAAUUGUAAUCAUCAAAUUCAUCGGUUUAUUCCAAUGUUAUCAUGGCACCACCAAAAUCUAUAAUAUGGACACAUUUUACCAAAACAAACGAAACAAUUGCAAAAUGUAAACAGUGUUUUAAGUCUGUGAAGUAUUGUGGGAAUACGUCGAAUUUAUUCAAGCAUUCUAAAACUCAUGGAAUUUCUGUGGACAAAGGCAAAUUACAGAAAAAAGAAAAUAAUAAGUCCAACGAAAGUUCAAAAAAUACAAUAGUGUUGGCCAACUCAAGGCAUUUAAUGGAAGAUGAUCAACCCCAAGCAUCAACAUCGAAAAUUUCAGAAGAUCGUGAUGAUUGCUCUAGUGUAACCACAUUAACAAGUAUGGACUCGGAGACUGCAAGGGAGCUAUGUCUGAGCAAUUCAAUAAAGAAUGCGUUUGAACGAAUUUCAUCUAAUAAAGCUGGUGGUACGAAGUAUAACAGAAUUGUUCAAGCAUUGAUAUUUUUUAUCUGUCAAGAUAUGCGUCCAUUUAAUAUAGUUGAAGGUGAAGGCUUUUUACGACUUGUAAAAGAACUGGAGCCUACUUUUAAAGUUCCUGGCGCAAAGUAUUUAAAGAAAAUGACUACCGAAAAGUACGAAGCUUGUAUAACUAUUUGUAAGUCCAAAUUAUCCAAGAUAGACAAUUUCUGUUUAACGCUGGACAUAUGGACAGAGACAAUGAAUGAAGUAGGAUUCAUGGGCGUCACCAUACAUUUUGUAGAAAAUGGUCAAAUGUGUAUGUAUUAUCUUGCAACUCGUGCAUUAAGAGAGCGACAUACAGCUGAAUACAUAUCGGAAAACCUGCUGGAUAUUUUGAAAAAAUGGAAUAUUCCACUUACCAAAAUUCGUGCUGCUGUAUCAGAUAAUGCCAGUUCAAUGUUGGCUGCCAUACGAAUGUCUUUAGGCGAAAAAAAACAUUUACCGUGUUUUGCCCAUACUAUUAACCUUGUAGUUGAAGAGGCACUAAAGUUGCCCAGUGUUAAAUCAGCUGUUAUAAAAGUACGAGAAAUUGUUAAUUGGAUAAAAAAUAGUGUUGUGCAGUCGGAUAAGCUACGAAAAAUCCAAAUGCGUAAUAAUGUUUCGGCAGGAUCAGUUUUAAAACUUAUUGCAGAUGUAAGAACUAAGUGGAACUCAACUUUUUUUAUGUUAGAGCGAUUUCUAAAGUUAAGAAUAGUAAUAUCAGAAAUUGUAAUUGAGAGUGUAGUGGCUCCAAAUUUGCCAAGUGCAGUGGAAAUGGAAACCUUGAAUGAGCUUACAACUGUAUUAAAGCCUUUUGAAUAUGUAACAAGAGAAUCAUCGGGCCAAAAGUAUGUAACAAUCUCCAAAAUUAUACCAAUGCUUAAUUGCUUAACUACAGAACUGAAUAGUAUCACUCCAAACUCCGCUAUCGUUAAAGAAUGUAAGGAUGUUUUAUUGAGAGAGCUGAAAAGGAGGUAUGGGAUGAUUGAAUUAAACGAUCAUGCAGCCAUUGCAACAAUUCUAGACCCAAGGUUUAAAAAUCUGCAUUUCCAAGACCCCUCUGCAUGCGGAAGAGCUAUUCAAAAACUUAGAACCAUGGUUGUCGGACAACUAAGUAGCCCAAGUGAGUCAGAAGAUGAUGUCUCAUCUACUGCACCACCUGAAUACGAUUUUUGGAAACAUCAUAAAGAGUUAGCACAUGGGCACAAGAAGAAAAAAAAAUCUCAUCAGGGAGAUGAAGUUUCUCUUUAUUUAUCAAAUCCAGUAGUUUCUCUUAAAAGCAACCCAUUUGCAGAAUGGGAUGACAUGAAGUUGGUGUUUCCUUGUCUGUACAAGUAUGCACAGCAAUAUUUAAUUGUUGUUGCAACAUCAGUUCCUAGCGAGUGCCUUUUUUCCAAAGCCGGUGCAACAAUGACACAAACAAGAAACAGAUUGUCUUCUAAAUACCUUGAACAGUUACUGUUUUUGGGCAAUCUUAAUGCUGAAGAGUUUUUUGUUUAAAUUAUAAUAAGCCUAAUAAACAUUUAUAAUAAAUAAAUCGUUUUUUUCGUCUCAAUUUUCUUUAAAUUAUUAUCCUUCAACGUUCAUUGAUAGCACCCUCAAAAUAAUAAAA